GGCUGCCUGUGCGACUCGACUGCAGCGAGUGCCGGGGCUACCUCUAGCGGGCUAACACCCUUCCUCAGCGUGUUUGUCCUUGUUUAUCACUGGAAAGGGAUAAAAAGAAAGUAAUGACAGGGUUCGGAAUACACGAAAGAUGAAGCCGGCGAGUGCAGGGGAAUCUUUUUCGCCGGCAUCGCCUCCGGAGAAGAGGAUAAGCUAACGCGGAGAAACCCGGAAGUGUUGAUGAAGCUCCCAGUAGCCAAAAACACAAUGAGUGCCAAAUAUGGCCUGGUGGGCUACAACAGUUCACGGAAGCACAUUUCGAUCUCCAUCCCGUCGUCCACGGAAGUGAUGUCGCCCCACAUAAAGUCUGUGGAGGAGCUGAGGGUUCUGGGAAUCAACCUGAGCAGCUUCAGUGCUCCCACACAGUUUUUCAUUUGUGUGGCGGGAGUCUUCCUCUUUUACCUUGUCUAUGGAUACCUGCAGGAGCUGAUCUUUUCUGUGGAAGGAUUCAAGCCUUUUGGUUGGUACCUCACGCUGAUUCAGUUUGGCUUCUACUCCAUGUUUGGAUUAGUGGAGCUUCAGCUCACACAGGACAAACGCAGAAGGAUACCGGGGAAGACCUAUAUGAUCAUAGCAUUUCUAACAGUGGGAACCAUGGGCCUGUCCAACACCUCUCUGGGCUACUUGAACUACCCCACACAGGUCAUCUUCAAGUGCUGUAAACUUAUCCCUGUCAUGAUUGGAGGGGUGUUUAUUCAAGGUAAACGCUAUAAUCUGGCUGACGUGUCUGCCGCUCUGUGCAUGAGUCUGGGACUCGUCUGGUUUACGCUAGCCGACAGCAAAAUUGCCCCCAACUUCAACGUCACAGGUGUUCUCCUUAUCUCCCUGGCACUGUGUGCCGAUGCGGCCAUUGGAAACGUGCAGGAGAAAGCCAUGAAACUUCAUAACGGCUCGAACUCUGAAAUGGUGCUGUAUUCGUACUCCAUCGGUUUCGUCUACAUACUGACAGGCCUGCUCUGUGUGGGUGGGCUGGGCACAGCAGUGGCAUUCUGCUCAGAGCAUCCUGUGAAGACGUAUGGUUACGCAUUCUUCUUCUCUCUUACGGGUUAUUUUGGCAUCUCUUUCGUGCUGGCCUUGAUCAAGCUCUUUGGUGCCCUGGUUGCAGUGACAGUGACCACCGGGAGAAAGGCCAUGACUAUCAUUCUUUCCUUCAUGUUCUUCACCAAACCUUUCACUUUUCAGUACAUCUGGGGCGGUCUUCUGGUGCUCUUCGGGAUCUUCUUGAAUGUGUACAGUAAAAACAGAGAUAAAGUGAAGCUUCCCUCCAUCAAGGACGUCAAGACCUGGCUGCUCACUGGAAAGAAAGUCCGCUUUCUCUCCCAAAAUGUAUAAGGGGCGCCCACGGGCAUAGUGGAAGUCCUGCACAGGCAGACUGCACGUCUGUUCAGAUGUAGAGUUGCCCCGCCCCCUCCCCUGUAUCAGGGGAUAUGCCGAACCCUGUGCCUGAGCUACGGCCGCAUCACCACCAACAUUGAGCCAAGGAUGGGGGUAUACAGGGUUUGGCGACCAAUCGGCCUCACAAACUGUUGACAUGAUUAAAUUACCAUGGGUGAUGGAAUUUCUUUAUCCUGUCAAUCUGUAUCUAUACACCACCGGUGUAGAACCAACCAGGAUGACUCCAUCUGCAGCAAACUGAAGGAACCGUAACUAUCGUUAAAAGGGGAUCAAUGGCUGGUGGGCUCUUGUAAAGCAACGCUUCAGAGCCCCCACAGAAACAUUCCCAACACGGAGGACGACACCGAGAACCUGAAGACUCGAAAAGGGAAGCCUGCGCCUUAGCUAACCAAAUCGUACAGUUUUGCACUGGAAAUUACUUGUGCACGUAAAGCCUUGAGUGGUUAGGAACAAGAAAAUGACAUUUUGGGAGUAAAGAGUCUGGAGAGACAUGUUAAUGUGUCAUGUCUGAAAUGAAUGUUUGAUCCCCAGUCGUUAAACAAAAAAACAUAAUGAUACAAACGCCCACUUGUCUCCACACAUACCAGGUAGACAAGGCAAAACAUUUGAUUGACAUAAUUGUCUCGAUGUAAGUGGUGGGUUUUUUCUUUUCUUAGUUCAUUGGUGAUUUAUAGAUGACUGUAACCUUAAUCAUGAAACGUGUGUGCUCUGUGUCAUCAUGUGGUGACAUUUUGGGGAAUGUGGCGACCUUUACUCAACUGUACAACACCAUCAACUACCAUUAUUUGCUAAUGAUGUGUGUGGUUGAAAGAGUAUUGCUCUUUUUACAAUAAAACACAUUCAUUAACUUUU